AACUAUCUCCUAAUAUUCGUAAGAUAUGUAACGUUUUCAGAUACUAUAAACGAAAAAUUAAUUAAAGCUAUACCGUGAAAUAUAAAAAAUCGAAUCAAAAUAGUUGCGUGAUUUUACUAUGUAAUUCAAUAUUCCUUAUAGUUGGUAUAUGCCUGAGGUGUGUUUGUAUAGUAAAGGACAGUAUUUCUUCUUUAUUUAUUCCAAAAUGUUUUUCUAAGUAAAAUUAUUUUUUGUUUAAAAAGUAUACUAUUCAAUUGAUAAUAAAAUCAAGCGAGCAAAUCAUCAACGAUGGGGACUGUCUUGAGUAUUAACCCAAAGGAUCGUCAUAACCCGAUUUACUCUGGUCAGCACUACUUCCAAUACCGGCAGCAAAAUGAAUUGAAAAAAGAAUACAAUACUGACAAUACCCACUCAAAUGAGUCUCAGCUGAACAAUUUCACAUACGAACAACUAAAUAAUGCAAAAAAUCGAGAAAACAGAAAAAGUAAUUGUUCGCAUAUUUCAAAUAACGGUAAUAACAACCACAACGUCUGUACCAAUCUGAAGUUGAGCAAUUUAAGUACGAACAAUCUGCACCAAAUAAACAAUAGCACUAAGGAUACCAUAAAUAAUGAACUAGAUAUACACAAUGAAAACUCUAUAAUAUUAACAGAAAAGAGUACGUUAGAGAAAAAUUUAAAAAAACACUCACUGUUUAUGAAUGCACUCUCAUGGAAAAAAAUUUCAUCACACAGCAAGAAAAAAAUUGAAAAUAAAUCUAAAUGUUCGAAUUUUCCACCAUCGAACUGCAAGUCACAGUUUAAUGAACAAAAUUUAUCUUCAGUGGGCGAUAAAAACAAAAAUGCACGACAUAGAUUUAUAUAUAUGGAAGAACACCAAGCUUUUAACCCAGAAGUUAGUCAAGAGACAUGUUUGCGUUAUUUGUCAUCAAACAAAGACAAACUGAAAAACACUUUGGACAUUGUGAAAGUUAAUAAUACAAAUAACGUAUCCAACUACAACAAGUUAGUACAAAAACAACCUCUUGCAAUAUCUUUACCAACACAGUUACAAUCAUCAGCUCUGCAAACAAAAAUAAAUAAUAAUGGACCUCGGAAAACUGUAAUACAGGCGUCAACAUCAGAACUUCUAAAAUGUUUAGGAGUAUUUUUACAUUACCGAUGUAAGAAGCUUCGAAAUUUCGAAGCCGGAGAUGCUGUAAUGUGGCUUCGCGCCGUGGACCGGAGUUUGUUGUUACAAGGCUGGCAGGAUGUGGCUUUCAUCAACCCGGCUAAUGUCGUUUUCGUAUAUAUGCUGGUUAGAGAAUUAGUAAAUGGAGAAGAAACAAAGGAAUCGGACUUACAAGCAGCCGUUCUUACUUGUCUAUAUUUAUCUUAUUCUUACAUGGGAAAUGAAAUUAGUUAUCCCCUUAAACCAUUUCUAGUUGAAGAUUCGAAAGAUAAAUUCUGGGAUAGGUGUCUACUUAUUGUCAACCGUUUAAGCACAAAAAUGCUUAAGAUUAAUGCAGAACCAGGAUUCUUUACUGAAGUUUUUACGGAGUUAAAGUCAUGCGGCCAACUAGUUGCUAGUUCCAAUCGUUCACUUUCAUGUGGAGCCGCUUGACGUAUUUUUGGAGCAGAAAUUAUCAUUAAUUUUACAUUUUCUGCACAACAUAAUUUUCACCAUAAAAUAAAACAUAAUCAAUUUUGUUGUAACUAAUAUAAUAAUUACUACUUCCGCAUAUUUUUCGAACGGUUUAGUUUACUGGAAAAAAUCAAUGCUUUAAACAUUAUGUGGAAAAGGAACUCCACAAAACCACUUAAAAUGUUAAUUUUUUAAUUAAAUAGUGUUAUAUGUUUUUUCUCUUAUCCACACGAACAUACUUGGUAUUGCCAUGUCAUAAUGCUGCAUUUUUAUUGGCUGGCAAGUGUUCAGUUCAUUUUUAGUGUACACUAAUGAUAAGUAUGUUAUAUUUACAAGCUGGAGAACUAAAGCCCACCGCAGUGAAAGAGUUAGAAUGUUUGUUCGGCAUACCGUAGCAGUUGUUGUGGCAAAAAGUUAGGUUUAAUGCCAUUAUUGUUGUUUUUAUAAAAACAAUGUUUCUUUAUUAGUGGAGAAUGAUGGUAAUGUUUACCAUGGGGUAAGGCAGGGAAUAUCUAUGUUUCGGAAAAAGCCACCAAUCCUCAUCAGUUCCCUUGGUUUUUGUUUGGUGAUAUUCCGGAUAUAGUCGUGGAUAUACUAACAUGAUACAUUGAAGUUAUCUUUUAAAGUAAGCUAUUUAUGGAAUUGAAAUAAUUUAGAUUUUGGAGUUCAUAUUUUCAGACAAAGAUAUAAACGCCAAAAUAGGCGAUCCAUAACAUUCAAGCAGCUAUAGUUAUAUGUAAGAUCUUAAUAAACCCGACUCCAUUUUUAUUGAGUACUAAUAUUUACCACUCUGUUCUAGUGUGAUUUGAUGAUAUCUUUUCUUUUACUCUUUUCGUGACAAAUUCAAGUCGAACAAUUAGACUCGACUGAUUCGUAGCAAUGGGAAUGCCACGAAUAGUCACUAUUGUGCAGAAAAAGGAAAAACGUACGCAUUAUUUACAUUUAACUUUAAAUAUGAAACAAGCAUAAAGUAUAAUAUUACUCAAACGUGUACUGCAGGACUUUUGGUAUUAAAAAUGGGUCAUGUAGGUAACGUUUUGGUAUAGGCCCCAUAUAACGCUACCUCCCUUUUUCAGUAUUUUAAUGAUUUAAGCGACAUUAUUCACCGGAAAAGUUUCAAAUUUGGUAUUAGGAGUUCGUAAUGGGUACUACAGCCUGUGACAGAAAAUUGUCUGUGCAGGUCCACGUCUUCAUAUAGCCCCAUAUAACGGUACCUCCCGAUAUUCGGUAGUUUGAUGAUUUUAGCGAAAUUAUUCACCGAAAUUGUUUCAAAUUUAGUGUUUGAAGUUCGUAAUGGAUACUACAACCUAUGACAGAAUAUUGCCUGUGCAGGUCUACGUCUCCGUAUAGCCCCAAUAUAAUGGAACCUCACUACAUUCGGUAUUUUGAUGAUUUUAGCUACAUUACUCACCGAUUUUUUUUAUUCAAGUUUCGUAUUUGGGUAUUGUAAUGGUUUAUGACAAAAGUUGCCUAUGUAGGUCCACGUCGUUGUACAGACGCUAAUAUGACGGCUACAUUCGGUAUUUUUAAGAUUUUAACCGACUCUUAACGGAUUUUAUUUUUUUUUUUAAAUUGCCAAAAAUCGUUCUGAAUAGUGGAGGGUGUCCAAAGAUCGGCCGGGCCGAACUUACAGUUUUUUACUAGUUCAACAUCAUUCGUCUCUCUAUUAGGUCUCUUUUGAUUGUGUAUCUAAAAAAACAUCAGAUGAACAGUAUUUUUAUCCUUCUAAGGGUGUAUCUAAACACACAAGAUUAACACACUUGAUCUAAUAAACUCAGUGGGUUAAUCUUCUAUUGUAUAAAUACCUUGUUUGUGCCCUUAUUUAUGUUUUCAUAAAUCCAAAAGGGGUAUUUUUUUGUAUUUAUAAAAACAACAAAAACUAAAUGUUAUUGAAGAAAAACAAACAAACACAAACAUAUAAGCAGUGAAGGUACCAGCUACUGGCCGAAACAAAGUUGUGACAGUUUUCAAUCCGGUUUUGUAGACAGUCCGCUCGGACUUUUUUUGAAAUGUAUUCUAGACAGACCUGGUACUCGGAUAUUUCACACGAGAGUCCGGGUCCAAGACACGCGUUGGAUAUAAGCCCAAUAUAUUCAUAUGUUCCUACAAAAGCUAUCUAUCAUUUGUUUUUUUUCGCAUGUCCACAUUCGUUGAAGUCUCAUAAACGUAUGAGAUCACCGCAAACGUACUGUUUUGUGCAUCUAUGGUUCAAUACCUGGUACACAAACCAUAGUUUUUUUAUAUUCAAAACAUCAUUUCAUGGAACUGAAAAACAUCGGGAUGUGCGAGCUUUAAAGCCAAUAUCUCUGAAGACAUUUUGGAAAAAAUAGCAUAUGUUGCCUAAUUUAAUAUAUAUUUUGUGAACUCACUCAUUUUUAUACCCUACACAAUGGUUAUAUUAAAGUAGGCAAUUCGUUUGCAACACCUUAAGGUCUAUAUUUUCCUAAAGCGCCCAUACAACGGCACAUCCCAAUAUUCCGUAUUUUGAUCAUAUUGGCUAGAUUUCACUUUUUUGAAUUUUUUUAUUUAGAGUUUUUAAAGGAAUUUUUCCUACUGUGGCAUAAUAUUAUGCAUAUUUCGACAUUUGUCUUUAGCCCCCAUAUAAGGGUAAAUCUAGAUAUUCGGUAUUGUGAUGAUUUCUUUCUUUCUUUGUAAUUAGAAAAAAGCAGUAAACUCGGCCGGGCCGAACUUUGAAUACCCUCCACCAUUUGGAGCCAAAUUGAAAAUUUUCAAAAAAUAACACUUACCGAAAAUUCUGUUAAAAUCUUAAAAAUACCAAAUAUAGCCGUUAUAUUGGGGUCUAUACGGACCUGCAUAGGCAACUUUUGUCGUAAGCCAUUACAAUAUUGAAAUACGAAACUUGAAAAAAAAUCCGCGGAUAAUGUAGCUAAAUUCAUGCAAGUAUGGAAUAUAUAGAGGUACUGAUAUAUGGGGCUUGUACGAAGGCCUGGACCUGCAUAGACAAUUUUAAAUCAUAGCCUGUAGUUCCCACUACGAACUCUAAACGUAAAAUUUGAAACAACUCCCGCGAAUAAAAUUGGGAUGCAUAAGCAAUGUUUUGUCAUAGGCUAUAGUACCAAUAACGAAUUCUUGGUACGCAAUUUAAAACAACUCCGGUGACCAACGUCCCUAAAAUCGUCAAAUAUCGUUGUAUGUGGGCUAUACGAUUAGUGGACCUGUAUAAACAGUUCUCUUCCAGAGGGAAAAGUACUCAGAAAGAUAUGGAUUUUCAGACAAUUACAUUGGAAAAUGUGACUAAAAUCAUCAAAAUACCGAAUAUCGGGGGGUACCGUUGUAUGGGGGCUAUACGAUAUCGUGAACCUAAAUAAACAAUUCUCUUCCAGUCUGUAAUGUACUCAGAAAGAACUCCUUGUGUGGAUUUUCAGACAAUUCCAUUGGAAAAUGUGGCUAAAAUCAUAAAAAUGCCGAAUAUCGGGGGUACCGUAGUAUGGGGGCUAUACGAUAUCGUGGACCGAUAUAGCCCAUCUUCGAGCUUGACCUGCCUGCAAACAAAAGACUGAUCUGUGCAAAAAAUGACUCUAGCGUUAUGACAACAUACUGACAGACGGUCCGACAAGGCUAACUCGUCUUAGAAUUUUACGCUGAUCAAGAAUAUAUAUACUUUGUUUUGUCUAAAAUGAUUAUUUCGAUGAGUUUAAAACGGAAUGAGGAACUUAAUAUACCCUUCAAACUAUGUAUGGUGGAGGGUAUAAAAAUUGUCUAUAUGGAUUCACGCCACCAUCCACUUUAUUGUAUUUUGAAAACAUUACUGCAUCCUCCAACCGACUUCACUGUUAUUUGAAGUGUUGCGUGGUUAUGGUUAUGGUUUUUAAACCAGAUAAUUUUGUUUGAAAUGUUUCUUUGUUACCAAAAGUUAGAAGGUAUUAAGAAUUCGGUAUGACCGAACUGAAUGUUUUUCUACUUUCAUAGUAUGAUAUCAAUGUGUAGGGUUAUUUAAAUUUUAAACUAAAUAUAUUUUUUCGUUGAAAAUGCCAUUAGUUAAGCAACAUUCAAAAUUUACAGUACAAAGUGUAGAUUUUGUACACAAAGUAUAUCACGAAUAUAACGGCCCGAUAUUCGAUAUUGUGAUUUUAGCCACAUUUUUCAACGGAAUUGUUUGAAAAUCCGCACAAGAAGUUCCUUAUGAGUACUUUAUCUCCUAAAAGAGAAUUAUUUAUGUAGGUCAUGAUAUCACUUAUUCCCAUACAACGGUAUCCCAAGAUAUUCGCUAUUUCAAUGGUUUUAGCCAUACUUUCCAAUGGAAUUGUUUGAAUUUGCUCACAAGGAGUUCCGCGUGAGUACUUUAUCCUCUGAAAUAGUAUUGUCUAUAUAGGUCCACAAUAUCGUAUAUCCCCCAUAUAUCGGUAUAUCCCCCAUAUAUCGGUAUAUCCCACAUAUAUCGGUAUUCCACAUUUUUAAGAUUUUAACAGAAUUUUUAAUGGAUUUAAUUUUUUUUAAAAAUUUCCUAAUUUAUCCCAAUGUUCAAAGUUCGUGCCGGCCGAACUUACUGCUUUUUUACUUGUUCGGUAUUUUGGUGAAUUAAGCGACAUUAUUCACCGAAAAUGUUUGAAAUUUGGUAUUUGAAGUUCGUAAUGGGUACUACACCCUAUGACAGAAAAUUGUCUGUGCAGGUCCACGUCUUCGAAUAACCGCAAUAUAACGGUUCCUCAUUAUAUUCGAUAUUUUGAUGAUUUUAACUACAUUGUUCACUGAAUUUUUUUAUUCAAGUUUCGCAUUUAAGUAUAGUAAUGGUUUAUGACAAAAGUUGCCUCUGCAGGUCCACGUCCUAUAAACCCUAAUAUAACGGCUGCACUCGGUAUUUUUAAGAUUUUAACAGACUUUUUAUCUGAUUUUAUUUAUUUUUGAAAUUGCCAAAAUCGUUCCAAAUGUUGGAGGGUAUUCAAAGAUCGACCCGGCCGAACUUACAGCUUGUUUACUUGUAUUUAUGUCAAACAUACACUAAAUGCCAAAGUAUUUUUUGCUUGACAAUGUAAAUAUGAUUAUUGGUUUAAGGUAUUCAUUCAACAAUAGUUGUGUUCCAGAACCUGGGCUAACAAGGUUGAAAAAUGUAUUGAUACAUUUCAAUGUUCGCGCGUGACAACAAAUAUAAAGAAAAAGGAUAAACUGAAAAACUUAAGAAAAACUAAUAUUUGUCGUGCAAAAACCAAAAAGAGAAAAUAUGGAGCAACUGAUGUUAUCAAGAAAACGUAUUGGAAAACAGUGCAAAAUUAGUGAAAGGUAAAUUGAAAAAUUAAGCUUAAAAUUAAAUAUGUUCGCUUAUUAUUGCGAACAUUUUCUUUUUAUUUUUUAGGUUGGCUGUCUUCCCAACUUGUUGCAUUAAGCAGCGCUGCUCAAGAAAAAAUAUCUCUUUCAAGUCAAAUUUCUCUUCGCUUAUUUGAAUCAAAAACAAAACAGUGUUAAGUCAUUAUUUAUACAAAUAUUUUUUAUCCAUUUGCUUUAUAAAUAAUUUUGGAACAUUAAUGUUUAAAAACAAUUAAAUGGAAUCGUUAAAUAUAAAGUAAAGCAGAAUUUUAAUUUUCCCUUAAAUUGCCUCUUUUUUCGGCUAAUGUUUUAGAACACGGGUUUAAGCAGGGCUGCAUUAAGUCUUCUAGCAGACUUAACAUUCUAGCAGACUUAAUAUUCCAACCAUGUCAGCUUUUCCGAGGUUGGGAUUUGAGAAAACUCCACCUCUAAAUACUCUUCAACGCAUUCUGAAAACAAGUCCUUCUAAAUAAACAGCAUUCUAAAAAAUAUUAAUUUUAACUUAUUUUAAAUACUAUUUUUUUAAUGUUUGGCGUCCAUUUCAGUAAGGUUUCGCCAGUCCGAUUUAGACUGUUUUCUUUUGGAAUUUUGAAUGUUGACAUUUUAUCGCAUUUCUGCUAAUUUUCCGUUCCCUUAUUUUUUGAGCACACCUAAAUGAGAAAGGCAUUUCGUACUGUUCUCUCUUCUGCUAGUUUUACUCCUAAAAAAGUACUGGAACACAACUAAUUCUGUGACAUUGAGAACCUUCAAAUAAGUUGAGAACCUUAAAAUAAAUGUGUUAUGAAAGCUGGAAGGAAAAAUUGUAUAUCGAAUAAUUAAAAAAGAUCAUGAAAUUAAGUAAGGAAGAAAAGAAAACGCUUUGAUGUGAAUGUUUAACGAUACUAUUAUUUAAAGGAAAUGGGUGAAGCAAAUACAAGUAUUCCACACUAAAAUAAGUUUAAGCCAAUAACAGGCAAAUAGCUUUCUAUCUCAAUUCGUUCAACAUAUUAGAUUACGGAUUACGUGAAUCAUUACGCGAUUACAGCAUAGAGACAGACAAACAGAUAUAGCUAAAUCGACUUCGAAUUUCACGCUGAUCCAAAAUAUAUAUACGUUGUAGGGUCUAUCAUGAGUAUGGUUUAGGGUAUAAAAUGACCUGCAAACAAAAAUUUUAAGUAAGACAUUACACAUGUCAAGGCGAUUGCAAAUAUAAACAAAAACAAUGAAAAUAAUAUUUCACAAGAAGUAGAAAAACAAUAAGUUCGGCCGUGCAUCUCAAAAACCCAAAACGGGGACCUGUAUAGGCAAUUUUAUAAUACAAGGAUUAUUAUCUAUUGGAAGUCUUAAAUAUUACAUUUGGAACAAUUUCCUGUUAAAAUGUGGCUAGUAUUAUCAAAUAUCGGUGGGUGCCGUUAUAUGUGCGCUUUAGGGGACGUUUACCUAUACAUACAACUUUCUGCCACCGAAGGUUGAACCCAUAAUGAACUACUAAUACCAAUUUUUAGACAAAUCCGUAUGAAAAUGUGACUAAAACCAUCAAACUAUCGAAUAUCGAGAGGUACCGUUAUAUGGGGGCUAUACCAAACGAGGACCGGAGAAGUUUAAAGCCCUGCGUCAAAUAAUGUAAUGUGUUAUCAACGGACAGACGGACCUACAGACCGACAUCGUUAAAUCGACUAAGAAUUUUAUGCUGGUUAUGAAUAUAUACCUUAUGGUGUCUACGAUGGAUAUUAAGCGAUGUAACAAAUGGAAUGUCCUCCUUCAAGGUGAAGUGUAUUUUUUUUACCCACUAAUGUUUUUUAAUUGUUUUCACACAAAGAAUUGUUUUCAAUUUUUACUUUGAGAAAAGUUAAGAUACUAUUCAUUAGCUUUGAAGGCUUUACUAUUACGGAAUGAAUUGAAUAAAUAAAUAAAUUUACAGCUUACUAUGGGUAGUGAUA